GCAGAGUUAUGGUUUUUUUUGUAUGAUUAAUUAGGCAGAAGCUUAUAAUAGUUAUAGAGAAACCAAAAUGUAAAAUUUUAGAGCUUUUCCUGAAUUAAUCAUAACAGUUGGAUUCAACGGUCAGUCCUUUUCUCGGGAAAAAAUUAAGAGCUUUCCAUUUCCUCUUUUUUUCCUUUCUUUUUCUCCUUCCUUCUUCCUCCUCCUAGUCCUCACCAUCAUCGUCCAUCUCAAUUCCCCCAUAAGUGGGGUUAUUGCUGACUUGAUUGAUUGUUUCUUUAUCUUGUUAUCAAAGCUUGCCGCAUUGAAUCGGGGAUGGGAUUGUCAGCUUUUUAUUGCAAGGUUAAGAACUGAUUUAUGCAUCGAUCAAGACUUAAUGGUAUUCAUCGAGUUAUGAACCUUGUGGUAUCCUAGAGAAAUUAUUGGGGAAAUGGCAGUAGGCGAUACUUCACACAUUCAAAGGAUUUUGAAGGGGUUUGCAACCGUCCUCAAGUCCGCUGCUUGUGAAUGUUUUCUGAUCGUUCUGCUGUUUGUUGAUGCUUCCUUAUCUUACCUGCUGACCAGAUUUGCGCAUUAUUGUGGACUGCAAUCGCCUUGCAUUGUAUGCUCUAGGCUUGAUCAUGUUUUCAGAAGUGAAGAACCCGGAUAUUAUUGGAAUCUAUUUUGCAGCAAGCAUAGAUCAGAGAUUUCAUCGUUGAUUGCCUGCAGCAUUCAUGGGAAGCUGGUUGAUGGUCGUAGUGUGUGUGAGAAUUGUCUCUCAUCACACUUUGAGGAUACCAAAUCCAACUCAUACAUGCAUAGGGUUUCUUUAGGAAACUUGGGGAUUGAUCCUGCAGGUUUUGGCUAUUAUGUGUGUUUAUGUUGUAAUGAAACCUGGACUCCGGGACAAAACGCCCAAGGACUACCCCUCAUAAAAUCACGUGGCAUUGCGGUUGAAAAGCCAAACAUUAAUUUGCCACGUCACUUAAGACAUCGAAGUGAUGCGAAGAAGAUAAAGGAGAAGCCUUCUGCACCAGCGGAGACUUGUUUUAGAAAAACUGGAUUUGAUCCUCCGUCUCAUGAUGGAUACACUGAGCUGAAGAUCACUUCUGAAUCGGAGCAUGAGAUUCCAUUUUCUGAAGACGAGGUUAGCAGUUGUAUGGUUCCUGAUAUGUAUAAGAUUCAAAAAGAAUAUCUAGUUCACUCUGCUCUGGAAGCUCCAUCUAAAAGACUGUACAGUGAUUCGGCUAAAAGAAAACAGUCUGAUGCUAGUGAGCACUAUGAUGUAAGAUGUUUUCCUCCUGAUGUCCUCAGCGACAAUGAUGUCUGUGACAGUAACGAGCAGCUGGCUGAUCAGAGAUCCAAUCGUUCAGUUUUGCCAGAGGUUAUUUCUCUAGAUGAUAUUCCUGCAUCAUCCUGCCUUGAGAAAGUUGAUAAGCCCAUGUCAGUCGAUGAUACAGAAAAUCCUUACGAAACAUCAUCGAGAAAGUUGGCAGAUGUUACUGAAGCAAGUAAAAAUGAAAAUAUUUCUAUCAACAAGGACAGAGCCCUGAAGUUGAUAAGCAAAUCAUCUGGAGCUGAUUUUGAAACUGAUCGAUUUGUAGAUGAUAUUGCUUUGGUACAUCCUCGUGUUGUGUAUACGCCACCUGUCUGUGGUGAAGAAAAAAGUGAACCUAUGUUUGUUACGGGAGAACCUAUGCCCACAUAUAAUAAUGGAGUUAACAAAGAUCGGUCAUUGCCAGUUCAGAAUUCUUCUGCAGAAGGGAUUCAAUUAUCAUUUAACAAUUGUCCCGAAUUGCAAGAUAAUAGUGACGACUUUGAUGAGGAGACUAAUGAAUCCAAUCCUUAUGGGGUCCAUAGUUUUGAUAACUACCUUACGGAAACAAGUGAAUUUGGUAGCCUUGGCGUUAACAAAGAGCAGUCAUUGCCAGCUCAGAAUUCUUCUGGAGAAGGAAUUCAUUUACGAGGUCAUAGUGAUGAUGACUUUGAGGCAACUGAUGAAUCCAAUCCUUAUGGGGUUCAGAGUUUUGAUAACUACUUCACUCAAAGAAGUGAUUUUGGCAGCCUCGAAUCUUUGCAUGAAAUCACUUUCAAUGAAAUUGAAGGUGAAGAUCCAAUCGAAAGGCUGAAGCGGCAAAAUGAGCAUUAUAGGAAGUGUGUGAAUGACUUAUACAAGGAAUUGGAGGAAGAAAGAAAUGCCUCUGCGAUAGCUGCCAAUCAGGCUAUGGCUAUGAUUACAAGGUUGCAAGAAGAAAAGUCGGCUCUCCAGAUGGAGACCGUGCAUUACCUAAGGAUGAUGGAUGAGCAAGCGGAUCACGAUGGAGAUGCCCUGGAUAAAGCUAAUGAUCUUCUGUCAGAAAAGGAAAAAGAAAUACAAGAUCUAGAAUCAGAGCUUGAAUUUUACAGAUUAAACAUAACAGAUGAAGCACUGAUGGAGAUUUUACCCGAGGCAAGCAUCAACUUAAUCAAUAGACAGGCUUCUGUGUAUAGUACGACUACAUCUUCCGUAAAGGAUGAUAAUCCUAUAGCCAAAUCUGCAUGGUCACAACUUGAAGAAGAGAAGUUGUACAUCUAUGAACGUCUGCGAGAUUUGGAGAUGAGAGUUAUCAGGUUUGCUCAUCACGUGACUUCACCACACUUUUCUGAUGGGGAAUAUUUUGAUAAAGCAGCAAACGGAGACCAACAUCCGCAAGAGUUCAUUGAUGAAAAGGAUAAACAUGCAAAUCCUGAGGUUGAAAAAGCUUCAUCAGUGUCUAAUGGAAGCGUUCCUUCUCAGGAACAGUCAAGUACUUCAAUAAGCAAAGAUCAAGUGGUUAGUAAGGGAAACAAUCAUUUUGUUUCCAAUGGACUGAAGGGUUCUGAGGAUUGCAACGAAAAUGAUUUGGUCAGUCUUCAAAACGAAAUUUCCGACCUUCAUGAGAAGUUGGAAGCACUAGUGGCCGACUGUAAAUUUCUUGAGGAUUGUCUAAAAUCUCUUCAAGAUGGAAAUGAGGGACGGAUUUUUAUUCAAGGGAUACUUCAGGAGUUAAGAGAAUUGAGGAAACUUGGGUUAAGGAGUAGGAACAUGUCUCUUUCAUGAGGUUUAUGUGUAUCAUUACACGAUGCAUCCACAUUGAGGAUAAAGUGGCCAGCAAUGCAUGAAGUUUGAUUCAAAAGUUGCAGCAUUGCAGGAUCUCAGCUUACCACGAAAUUGUUAAAUACACGGAUCAGGUUUUAUGCACUUGCCACUUAUGUUAUCCCGACUCUUUAUUUCGUUUAAAGUAUCCACAUUCGAUAUUUGUGCGACACUUCUUCGAAUAUGGAUGUCGGGGCUUGGACCUCCAAUUAUAUGGGAACAAAAAAAAAACUCUGAAAAGUUGAGCAUAUCGUGUCGGAUAUAUACUCAUAUAUCUCACUCUCAAGUCCAAGUAACACUGCUAGAUGGGAGUAAAACUGUAAAAGUAAUUUAUUUUUCAUUGCUGUGGCAAGGGUUGCAUUUGUGGUAUAUUUUUUGAAGCACUGUGUGACUAGGUUUCAAAAGUGGGUGAUUUUUUAGUCUCAUUUUACUUCAUUUUUUAAUAAAUAUUUAUUUAUUUUUGAGGUUUGUUCACACUUCAUAGUAAGACAAUCCUACUUCAACUGUAAAUUUAAAACAUCUCAAUAUACAU